AUGUGGGAGUUCAUUAGGGACCACCCACUCCAUUCCCGUAUAGUUAGACACCUUCAGGAUACGGGUUUCUACAGGAUCAUAGAGAUCGGCUGGUUGCAGUUCGACCGGGCAUUGAUCACGGCUAUGAUAGAGCAGUGGCGACCGGAGACGCACAUGUUUCAUCUACCCAUCGGUGAGGUUGCCAUCACGCUUGAGGACAUAGAGGUUCUCUUCGGGUUGUCGGUUGAUGGAUUACAUGUAGCUUACCUGCAUGCUCUUAGAGACUAUAUGGCAGUGCAUUACCUGCAUAUGUUGCAGCGACUCACCGGUUUUCAGCCAGCGGAGGAGACUGCAUUGAGUGAGGCGAGUCGAUUGCAAUUGACGCCCGUCCGGCAGCAUCAGGAUGAUAUCGACUAUGCGGAGAUUACGGAUGUUUCACCGACGGAGGAUAUCGACCGGCACACGAGAUUGUUGUUGCUACUGAUGUUUGGUGGUCUGGAUGCAGCUGUUCUAGGUUACCUGUAUAGGCAGAUGUGUCGGGGGUGCAUGGCACCUAGAGAGACGUUGCUAGAUUUUUACCGCUACUGCAAGUGA